AUGGAGAAUUCGAACUCACACGUAUGGGUAAACAGGCCGUGGACGAACCAGAACAUCGCCCGUGAACAGCUCAUGGCACAUAAUAACCUUCAUGAUUCCCCCUCAUAUCCGCCUGAGGAACCCCCGGUUUUUGGGUUAAUGACUCGAACCCUGGUGCAAUCACCGGUCAUUCGCCAGAUCAUCCCGGCUCGCAUCAGGAGUAAGGAUUUGAACGAUGUUGUAUUCAUUGGGGAAUCAUUUAUAGAAUUACACAUUCUCACAGAAGAUGGUAAACUCCGUCAGGUUGGAUCAAAGACCGAUUUUCAAGCCGACAUUCGGCAUGCCAGAGUUUUUGGCUCGCCGAGGAAACACUUUUAUUCGGCUCAAGAUGCAAUCUUUAGGCAAGGGCUAGCAAGCCAGUUACAAGACGAUACGGAUAUGCGAGGAGAUGGGGAAGAUGCUAGUAAACAGAUGUUACCACCCCAUAUACUCGCUCUAACUCUAGAUUCGGGUCAUCUUGCUUUCAUCUACGCAAAAGAUUCUGAGGUACAGGGAGAAGUAGAUUUCGUGGUUUCAACAAAGAGAAUAGAUUCAAAAGGAGUCCACCCAGCAACUUUGGGGAAAUCCAUAGCUAUAGAUCCCCGGUCCAGGGCAUUGGCAGUAGCUGCUUACCAGGAUCAUUUCCGGAUUUAUGCACUUCACUCCACAGAAGAACUAGAGCAGCAAGUACGCCAGGGGAAAACUCUAAACCCAAUCAAAGAGGAAAAGAAUUUCGAAGUCAAAGGCUUGAUACUACAUAUGGAAUUCCUUCAUCCAUCUCCUGAUGACCAGGAUCACGUGAUUUUAUUGUUAUUUGUGAUCGAUUCGAACCAAAAAUCACGCUUACACUUAUAUGAGUGGUGGACCUCAAAAACGUUACGAACGGCAACUAAACAUGGAAACCAUGGAUUCCGUAUACCCAGUGAUAUAUCCAUGCCUUUACAUGUGAUACCACUCGUUAUCAGUUCCGCGUUUCUACUGGUCACAGAGUUUUCAACACAUGUUGUGAAGGCCUCAGACAUCAUGUCAGGGAGCCCUUCAUUCGCAAAGAUUGCAUUUCCGCCUGCCCCUCCGAAUGGUCAGCGACGAGUUCUUGUAACUUCAUGGGCCCGACCUUUAAGGACUCCAAAUUAUGCAUAUAACCACGAUGAUAUGUAUCUGGCUAUGGAAGAUGGGGAUAUCUUUUUUUUGGAAGUAGAUACGGAGGGACCAAAUCUAAUACAGUUGGCCAACAAAGCAUGCCAUCUCGAUUGCUCUAUAGGGACGGCGUUCGCAUCGUUGGAUUUUGGGUUGACUAAAAAUGAUAUGCUUGUUGCAGGCGGGGAGAUGAGCAGUGGUGGGGUAUACCUAUUAAAGAUAGGACCACAUCCUGUGGAAACUGAACCAAAGCUUGAAGAAUCCGUCGCCAAUUGGUCGCCAGUUUUCGAUUUUGAUCUUGUGAAAAUACCUGCCCAAGGACAUCGUGGGAAGGCAGAAAGGGACCGUGUAUUUGCUUGCACAGGUCGCGGAGACCAUGGCGCAAUCACUGAACUGCGAUACGGGAUUCAAGCAAGAAUCCAAGGCUCGGCAGAAUAUCAUUCUGGCGUUAGGCGGCUUUGGGUUCUUCCCGAUUCUUCUGGUGCAGGCUAUUUCCUGCUUUCUUCGUUGCCAGAUAGGUCAAGCUUGUGUUUCCUAACACCAUCUGGGGACUGGGAGGAGGCAAGCGAGUUUGGUCUUUUGGAGAUGGACGAAACCACGCUGGCUGCGGGUGCUGUGGGAGCACUUUCUGUGCAAGUUACACCUCGUACAAUCAUCAUUACUCAAUUAAAAAAAGAGAACCUCACUCUUCAUAGAGAUGGUGGUGGGGAUGUUGAUGUUCCUAUGGCAGAUAUUGGGAUGGAUAUGGAAAGUCCUCUCACCAUGAAGGAUGAGUGUAAUGUGGGAGAAAUCAUUGUAGCAGCAGCACUAAAGGACCAAUUUUUAGUAGUUGCAAUUCGAAAGGGUGUUGUAGUGGAGUUAAUACUAGCUACUAUACAAGUUGAUGAGAAUACCAGUGGGAAAUUUCUUAAUCCUGUUGGUUUACCUACCACCCUGUCUGAAGACCCAACCUUCAUAACUAUCUUAGAAAUAAAUCAACGCAUGCUGGUAGUUGUUGGAACGCAGAAAGCUACAAUUCAAAUGUUCCUUUUUGAUCUGUUGAACGGGUUAAUACCAUUGUUAGAUAAACCAAUGUAUGAGGGGAAUACCGAAGGUCAACUGGCUUUGUUCACCUGCGAGUCUGUAGCACUCCUCGCCGCUAAUAACUCCUCGACGUUACUGUGCGGGUUGAGAGGUGGCACUGUGCUUGCACUAAAUGUGAAAUGGGAAAGAUGCCUUACUCUCGAGAGAAUCGAGGAGAUAAAAUUCGGGCCAACCCCAGUUCAGCUCCAUCCUGAUGUGCGACGGUAUGACUCAGCCUUUGUUUUGGCAGGGCCUGAGCUCUUUCGGUUUGAUUCUCCAAAUGGGAAAUUCAGAGCUUCACAGGUCGUAUUUGAAGAGUCUGAUGUUGAACCAUCAUUAGUCGCCUUUGCGCAAAUCAACUCACUAGAUUCAGAAAAUAUCGUGAUUGGUAUGACUAAGGACCAAAUAUUUUACGCUGACGUUGGGGAAAGUGAGAAGGUUUGUGUUCGUAGACUUCGCCUAAAUGAGACACCCAGAAAGCUCUUGUUUUACAAGCCUCUUAACGUCCUUAUUGUUGCCUGUUCGCGGACUGCAUCCGAUGAUCCCCGAGUUGAGAGCGAGAGACAUAUCCCUGGAAGAAGAAGAUCGUUCUGUUCUCUGAGAUUCAUAGAUCCCAGAACUGGAGAGUCCAAAGCCGACCGAGAUAUCCGUGACAGUUCAAAAAAGGAGCUUAUUUUUGGGAAAGCGAAUGAGCAGAUCUAUUGCCUUGCAGAAUGGAACAUUGAAAUCGAAAAUAAACCCUACCGUUACAUCGUAUUAGGAACAGAUUAUAUCAACGUCACAACCGCAGACGCACACAGGGGCAGGGUCAUUGUGCUUUCUGUUAUCCUUGGAUCUUCCGGAAACAUCGAGGUUCGACGACGAUUCCAGAUACAAUGCGAUGAGCCCGUUUAUUCUUUAGCACCCUAUAGCACUAAUUCCCUAUAUCAAAGAAGUUUGAUGAUGUCGCCAAGGCGAAACGCCGAUUCAAUGCUCAUUUUCAGAUUCGAAUAUGGAGAGUUCAAAGAGCUUGUCAGCGAUGAUACCGCUCGCAAUGGGUUUCAUCAUUUCCAGCUUUUCAAAAAUUUCUUCCUAGCUACUGAUAAGCAGUAUGGCAUUGCCGGACUAUGGCAACCCCCAAAUCCUCGUAAUGUGGAGAGUUUGGUGACAGUGGUAGAGGCGGAAUUAACCAGUUCCAUAUCUCGGAUAAGGAAGGGAAAUGUGAGGCCACCAUGGCAGCUCAAUAAACCACGUCCUGGUGUUGUUUUUCCGGACCAAGAUCUCAUUGCUGCUGGCGUCAAUGGCUCAAUUUUCCAACUCACACUCUUAGAGGAAGGCCCUUUGCGACUAUUGAAAUAUAUCCAAGAUCUUUAUAGAUCUAAAGUUGGUAUGAGCCGGCGUAACCUAUCAGCAUUAGGAGACCAUGAUCCACAACUAGGUCAGGUAGAUGGAGAUAUCUUGGUGACAAUUUUAAAGCUCGGAAAUGAAUGGUUGAGAGAUCUGGUAGUAAAGUCGGACAGAGGCGACCCUAAUAUGCCCAAAUUAACGGAACUCGCUGGUAGAGUGCUGGAUGGGUUUGGGAAAACAGAAUUGAUCGAAGAAGUUAUGGGAUACAUGGAUACUUUGGUGAACAGUGUCGUCUUGUAG